CUACGUUCCCCUGGCAUUUUCCACACAUUCUGUCCAAUGCUGACACGCUCUGAUAUUCGAUAUUUGCCUUUAUCACAUGUGCCCUCAAUGCCUGAUCUUGCGCUGCCGUAAUUAGGCUUUCAGUCUCUUUCUUAAGGUCUCCCACUCUUAGCCAGCUCAAGGAUUCACUACCAGCCACCUUUUUUGUCUGUCAUAUGUAUUGCCCAUGGGGCUCUUUGACCAGUCCUUCACUCUUUCCUCGUGCCUUCUUCUCUAACUUAUAGUCAUCAGGAUGUUCCAAUUCACUCCGGUUUCUCCCUCUCCAUGCAGCCUUCAGUAGUCUUUCUUCACAAUUUUGACUAUGAUAGUCGACAAGGCUAAGUUCCUCCAGCGUAACAUGAUCGUCCAAGCUGAUCAGCCCUCGUCUUCCUUCUUUACGACUGAUCGCAUGAGGUAUAGGCGGCUACCAUUUGCUCUUGCGUGGAGAGCGUCUUGUAUAAUAAGCAAUUUUCUGGUCUUUCGAUCAAGAUUCAUUAGCUCAACCUUAGUCCACCUAACCACCCCACCACUGUAGCGCAACAGCGACACAGCCCACGAGUUGAUAACUCUCACCAUGUUCCCGCCAUUGAGUUUUGACCUGAUAACUUUCUUUACUCUUCUCUCGUACUACUUACUUAGCCUAUCCUUCACUGACUCGUCUUCAAAAUCAUCCAACUCCAAAACUCCUAGGUACCUGUAUCCGUUAUCACUUUUUCCAAUGCUUGUAGCCUCCUUCCAACUGGAAGUUCUAUCUCCACACGUUUUACCAUCUUACCACUCUUCAUCACAUCACCACAAACACAGCACAUUUAUUAAUACGAAAGUCCAUUCCAACAUCAUUGGUAAAUAUUCUAAUGGUCUGCACAACAGAGUCAAUUUUUCUUUCAUCACUUCCAUGCAAUUUCACAUCAUCCAUUAACAAUAAAUGAUUAAUUUUUCCCUCUUCCUUGCUGAGUUGGUUUCCAGCGGAUGUCUCGUGUAAGAGACAUGUGAGAGGGAACACCGCGAUUAUAACAGUAGUGGAGAAAGGGAAUCACCCUGGAAAAUUCCUCUCUUGAUCGCUACUUCAUGAUUUGGUUCAUUAUUAGCUGUCAGUUGAGAUUUCCACAUCUUCAUGCUCUCCUUAAGAAUCAAAUUGAUGUUUCAGUAGCCCCCACCAUUUCUAGUGCCUCCAUCAUCCAAAAAUGAGGAACUGAGUCAUAUGCCUUUUUAUGAUCUAGCCAAGCCAUAGCAAGAUUGGUUCGUCUUUUCUUAGAGUACUGUAGUACUGCUUUUUCUAUCAUUAGUUGAUCCUUGGUUCCCCUAUUGUUAAGUUCUUACGACAUCCCUUUUGUUCGUUUUUGGGAAUAAAUCCCUUCGUUCUAAGUGGUCAUAGAGUUCUUUCGCUAUUAUUCCAGUGAGCAGCUUCCAAAUUAGGGGUAAGCAUAUAUUUGGGCGGUAGUCCCCUGCUAAAUUUCCCUUAUCCGGUUCCUUGAUCACCAAUACAGUUCGGCCUAGUACUAUCCACUCAGGCACCCGCCCCUCAUCAACACAGUCCUUCAAUUGACUAGCUAUUUUUCCAUGCAUGAGCUUCAGAUUUAUCAGCCAGAUUAUCAGAUUGCAGAUUAUCUAGUCCGAUGGCUUUCCAGUUGGGUAAUUUUUCAACUGCCUCUCUGUCUGGUUUACAGUUAUUAUGAAAUCCUCUUGAACCUCCACCUAUUGGUCUUUUGCAAACCCUUUAACCAUAAUGCUUCCUUAUUGUGUUCAACUGAGUUAGCCCAAAGCUCCCUCCAGAAUAACUUACUUUCCUCUGCAUUAUUAUUAUUAUUGACAUUAUUGUUUUGUUAAUUUAACAGAGUGCAAUUGCUCCUGUUAUCACGAAAUUCUUGGAGCAGUUAUUGGUUUCCUUGUGUUGGUCAUUGUUAUCCUUUUAAUUUACAUCGUCACGAGGAGAAACAGAGGUGAAUUAAACUAAUUAUGAAAUUUUAGUUCCCACUGGCAAUAAUUUUAACUGCAACUGUUUCUUUCUUUUUUAAAAUAAUAAUUGUCUAAGCUGUAACUUUUUUUGUUAUUUCAUAGGAGAGGGAGAAAAGAAACGGUAAGAUCGCCUUAUAAUAUCGAUGAAAUAUAAAGCUUUGGCUAUAUGAACGCACCCCGAUUUACAUUGUAUUUGAGAGGACAUUUAAUGAAUUGUUUACUCCUUUAAUCAGACGAGUGACGAACCGAAUUCAUGCAUUUAUAAUGAACGCUUAACUAUUUAUUCCUAUUCAAAGUAGAUUGUAACGAUUAUUUCAUACUGAGAUUUCAGACCGGUUUCCUUUUUGGGCUCGCUGCGACCGGAGAAAGCUCUGGAGCCCCCGCUUUAACUCAAGAUACGGCCCCAAAAAUUACACAGAGUAAUGUACUCAUCAUUUCCAACAUUUACGCAUAACUUGAUUGGCUCUAUGAUGUAAUUUUACGUCAUUAUGGCGUCAUAUUUUUGAAUUUAUUGGCAAAAUCGAAAUUCCAUCAAUUUUCCCCUCAUGCGAAAACUGCUUAAACAGUAAGGUGUCUGACAAAGUUAAUAAUUUUUAACAAAAGCAGUGAUGUCAUGAUGACAUCAACCAUCUUGGAUCCGCCAUUUUGAAAUAAUUAAAUAUAUUCAAUUUUACUUAACCCUCGGACGUCCAAAGAAAGCAAAUUCAUACCCCCGCCGCGGUACAAGGCCGGGAGGGGUUGAUGGAGCCCCCCCUAGAGUUUCCCAUUGAUCUUCCCAACAAGAUGAGGUAUAUUUUAUGGGCGGUGGCGCUACUGGAGGUCUGUGACGUCACAAACAAUGGUCACCAUUUUGGCCGUCAUCUUGGAUUUUACCAAGAAUUAGAAAUCAGGCUAAAAACGCAAGAAAUGGUAAUUUUUUAUGCUUGACAUGUAAAAUAACACAUAAAUAAACACUUUGCACCAUUUUAUACACAAUCUUUACUAUCAUUGUUGAACGCAGUUGAGAAAACAUGCAUUUUUACUAAAAAGGGGCUUGACCACCUACUACGUAUGACGUCAUAUCUCGUAACCAUAGUAACUGACUAUUACCAAACUUGUCUCAAAAUGCGUGCGGAUGAUAAACGAAUAGCUCCUGAAAACGUCAGGUUAAGAAAAGUCGCCAAGUUUGGUGUUGAUAGCUUAAGGUGGCUCCCUAGAGUAAAUUGGCCGUGGGCAGCCUGAGCACUAGUAUGGCGCGAGCUUUAAAAUUCGCGCGGCGUCCACGCAAAAAUUAAAACAAACAUGGCCUCUCAGUUUCGAAAUAUUCCAACCAAAAAACUUUAUUAACUUUCUGUUGAAGCUCAUUGUGCAAAAAGUUUGAUUAGUGUAGGUCAAACAUUAUUUUAUGACAGGAGACAAUGUUACACCGGUUACAAGUCACUAUCGAUCUCCAUAAGAGUAAAUCGUACGUAAAAACAAAGCAGAAAUUUUCCAAAGACAUCAAUUCUUUCGCUUCAAAAGUAGACAAACGUUAAAUAGUCCAAGUAAAUGGUGGGUGGAAACUUUACUUAGAAAACAAAGAAAUAAGUACACUAACUCAGAAGGAAGCAAUGUUGCUGUUUCUGGCCUUUGGGUCACGGUCAGUGGAAAGAUCUGGAAGAUCGAGCCAAUUCCCGAACAAACACUGAAGAUUGUCUUCAUUGGCGGAGCUCCUCGGUCACUUUAUUUCCCUUACAUUUGAGUUGAUUUAAUUAUUCUAGAAGUGGCUUUAAGACAAGAUAACAGGGAGUGUAAACUUUUUUUGGUUUUGCCGACUCUAUUACAUUGUUUAAAAAACUUAUCAGAAAAAAGUUUCCCACUUAACUUGCAUCCUAAUCGAAAGAACCUUUCCAUCGACGAACCAACAUCCUUGUAUUUUUUCUUGUUUCAAACGUCCUUCAACACACAUGCAAGAUGCACUAGAAAUGUUUUUGCACAACGAGAAAUAAUUUUUACUCACAGAUUGAUCCUUGAAGAAAGCAACAGUUGUCCGUCGAGACCUACGGUCUUGUACGUGUAGCUGAGGACAUGAUGUACGAUUUAUAGAUCGGCGCCAUCUUCUACAGCAGACUUUUAAAGAAAAACUUCGCCGUCGAAAUUAUCCCUAAAGAAGAACAAGGUUGAAACAGUAUUCGGAAGUGGGCUGACAUUUGAAGAUCUUCAAAGAGUGUACAGCAGAUUAGGAAGUGAAGGGCUUAUUGCGAUCCUUGCACAACCACCGUCUUCAUCUCCGACGAUCGCCAUCCUCACGAGUGACCACCACGGUUCGAAUUUUAACUACUAUAGUUAAGUACUUCGAAGAAAACAUCCUGUGUUAAGUAUAAAAUUGAAUCAAAAAUCUCUCCUUUUUCAACUGGCGAUUCAUCACCGUAAUAAUACUAAUAAACAGCUUCAAAACAAUGGCUUUCGUACUCUUCAAAGAAACCACAUGUUUCCAGUAGCUUUGUGCAUUAUGCGCAUGCGGGCGUGAUGGCUCGCGCGUGUAUUUUGCUCACACGACCCCGAAUCACGCGUGUUUUUCGGAUUUUUGUGACGUCAGCGCAGUUAAUUAACUGUGAAUUUCUCGCGUUUCCUUCGGUAAAUUUUUUCAAAAAUCGCCUUAUUUCUUAACAGUCGCAGUAUCUUUGUACUGUCAUUUUUUUGUCAAAAUCUGUAAGAGCUAAACUCCUCUAUUAAGGAAAAUUGCAAAUUUCAAAACAUUGGCAAAACCGUCUUAUCGACCCCACGUUUUUUCCACUUUAAAAUGUUAAGCAAUAUCGUUAAUACAAAGUGGCAAAGUUUAAGGACAGUUUCACCGCGGGAAAUUAGAAAUAUUAAGGAAAAAUGGGCAAAAAUGACAAAAUUACUGCCUGUUUAAGGAUGCGAUGUUUCCAUGGCAACGGCCUUAAUCCAGAAAAUGACACUUGAUAAAGGAGUCUUCUUAUAUGGGUAACCUUAGCGGUUAAUCUCGUGUACAAAAUCGCAAAGACAAAGUAACUAGAUUUCCUUCUGUAACGUAUGCUUGAUAGCUCGGAUUGUUAGUAAAUACUCUAGGGAGCCACCUUAAACACUUUAAAUUUUAGCACCCACCCCCCGGUCUGGAUAGAGUUAAAUGUUAAUGGUAGUCUUAACACUAGGCCGUUAAGUAAGAAUUAAGAACCACUAAGUUUUACUUAACAAAAGAUACGUGUGUGAAGGCCUAAGUAAUUUCUCAAUUUAUUUUACUUUGCAUCUCAUUUAAGUCGGAAAAACUAUUCAAGAAAAGUUCAAGUGACUUGAAAACCAUCCUUGAGACCGUCGACUUUGCGAACUUGUAGUUUCUUGAGCUUUGAAAAAAGGCGAAGCAUGCCAAUCAAUCUAAAUAAUAGUGAGCUUAAGAUCCGACGACGUCGAGAUUCUACGACGGCAGACUUGGUCGAGGGGGCUUGGGGUGAGGUCGCUGUCGCAGUGGCGCGAAAAAUAGCAUUAAGAAAGCUCGCGCGACGGCGGGUUGUUGUAGCCGCCUUUUCCUGUUGAAGUUUAGAAAUAAAUACAAGAGCGAUGACUACUUUUAGAAAGGUUCGUGAAUUGUUACUGACAAGUUUCGAUGAUGGCGACAUUUCAGAAGAUGAAUUUUUACUGUUGAAUGAUGUCAACAGAUCUAAAAAACCGGAUUUUCCCUACCAGAAUUACGAACAUUUUAACCUCGAGAGGCUUGACGAAAAGAUGAGUGACAUAAUCCAUUGGACCUCAAUUCAAUGCCGAAACAAGUCUACGAUAUCAUAAUUGUUAAUAAACACAUCAAUAAACACAAGAAAAAACUUGUAAAACUUACUGGGUUGCUUUCUUUGUCGAGUUGACCGAGUCCAUGGCGAUUAACGAGUCAAACUGUUUAGAGAAGGCAAACAAAUUUAAUUUAAAUACCGUGUUUAAAUCGUUUAAGUCGCUUAGAAAUUCGACAAAAAUGGUCUACUGAGAAUAAACUGUUAACAGUGCUAAAGAAUUUCGCUCAAAAUGUGUUUAAAUGGCAUUAUUUUGAUCAAGUUUACUCACGUUUUACACGAGACGGCCGGCAGAAUGGCCUUCUUCACGUCACAGACAAGGCCGCUACGGUGGGAAACUUCGCAACGACGGCAGCCGGAAGUCUUUCUAGCAGUAAUUUCACUUCCGCUCGCCGUCACAGACGUCUGCCGUCGUCGGAUCUUAAGCAGGCUAAUGUUGCGUUGGAAACUAGCCUUAAGUUAACCUGAAGUAAAAAAGAUAGGUUGUGUGUGAAGCUUCCUUUUACUUGAAGAAUUUAAAAUUUACUUGUCUUGAAAUAUUUCUUAGCUUAUUUAGGCUCUAGUGUAAAGACUACCAUUGUCUCGGUCAAUUUAAAAAUACAGUCGACUCCCGAUAACUCGAACCCUCGCUAACUCGAGCCUCGCGCUAACUCGAACCAAAAUCUAUUUCCCCUAGAUUUCCGUCAUACACUCACUGUAAUUUCACCCUCGGUAACUCGAACCCUCGAUAACUCGAACUCCCGCUAACUCGAACCAAUUUUCGUUUCCCCUCAGGUCAUUUUCCAUAUAAUUUUUCCCUAAAUAACUCGAACCAUGUUUUGAGUUUGAGCCCUUAAAAAGUUGGGAAAAAAGCUGUCUACUGACGUCCGAAACAUUUUAUUUUGGAUUUCCUACUGACGUGUAGUAGGCGUAUAGUUUACUAGUGUAGGCUGAUGUUGAUUGUCACAGGCUAACGUGAAGCAGCUUUUCUUCUCAAAACAGUAAAACGCAUGCUCUAUUUAGGCUAUGUUUUGUUACGUUACGUUCGUUACGUUUUUAUGAUCUAGAAGUAUAUCUUUUAAUUUUCACUUGACAUUUCCACAAUUAAUGUGAUUAAAAUGUUUAAGCCGAUACCAAUUAUCGUUUCCUUUCAGUUGUCAGCUGCCUUUUUGCAUCAGUUUAUGUCGUUUAGAAAUUGUUCCUUAUUUAGUCUACUUUUUGUAGUUAAUCUAAGUAGAUCGUAUUCUUUCGUAUUCUUUUGCUUCCAAUUAGAACCUACGUGUACCACUACCAAAAACGACUACGUAGCAACUAACAUCGCUACUACAUUGAAUUGUUAUACACGCAAACGCUGUUGUAAUGAAUUAUAAGGAUCUAUCGUUAAAACUGCUUUAAAUCUAUCCCGUGGAAUUCGAAUCAUCUAUUGCUUCACACCGUGUAACCCCUGAAACUUGUUGAGAUUUGAGUAUACUCAGCAGUUACAAGCCUAAUUUCUCAAGGGAUGACUGUUAAUCCCAAGAGAAAUUGAAAACAAAGCUUAUGCUUUAUUUUUGUGGGGAAAGCAAAUUGCAUUAUGUUGCUCAUGAAAGCCGUAAAUUGAAUAAGCUAUAUAUCAUUAUUAUUUAUUCAAAAUAUUUCCCCGAUUCUGUUUGGCUAAAAGCACACGCAUAAUUUACCAUAACCAGCUACUGAUGACCAAAUUUGGAAGAAUUUUGCGAUAAAUCUACCGAUGACGUCAAAAGUGCAGCUUCCUUGCAGGUUAAUGUACCGUUAACGGAGAAGACCUGGGGACAAGGUUGAGUUGUUUUGGUUGUAAAACAAAAAUGGCGGACAUUUCACUCGUUUCAAGAUCGAGUAAGAACUAGGCGAAAUAAUAGCUAAAAACGUGGCAACAACAGCAAGAAGACAACUCGAAGGGCGACAUCUGCUAUUUGGAGAAUAUUUGCGGUACUGAACAACCCAAAACGGGCACUAUCGAAGAUGACCUUAACGUCGAUGGAGGUAAGCAUGUUUUAGCUAUGUUCUUAAACUAGGGAUUAUUUUGAAUGAAUAAUAAAACAAUUAUUGAAUUCGGCUUUCGUAUCGUAUGAAGAAUUAUGGAGAUCUCGUAGGGUGUUAUCACCUUCCUCGAUCUCCAUAACUCUUAGCUUCAUAAGAUACUCAGCCUCAUUCAUAAAUUGUUAAUUAUAAGACCGGCAACCAAAUUUUCGAUAACCGUAUUUCCAGAGAGUAGGAAUUCGCCACUUUAGAAACGAGAAGGGAACUGCAACCACAAUGCAUCCCGCAAUAGUUUAUCGCCGGAAAGUUAACUGGGCCCAGUUUCCCUUCUGGUUUCCAAAGUGUCGAAUGGAAUUUUUACAUAUAGGCUUACUACAAAACGAAACUUUGUUUAAAACAGUAGACGUUAUGAUCCAAAUUUAGUGAAAGGGUAAAAAAGGACUGUUUUUCUUCGUCUCCCUUUUAUAUGUAGAAUGACAUAUGAGGAGCAUUCUGAUCAUAGAGAAAGCUAUUACGUGAGUAAUUAUAUCGUUUGGCUAGAAUGUGGGUUUGAUUUACAGAUGUCAAGUUGCCUGUUAUCAGCACCUUGGAUCCUAUAUCUUUUUCUCCAACUUAACUCCUCCUUUUAAGCCUUCUUAAUGGAUCACGCAAAGAAGAGAGCUAAAAAGUCGUGUGUAUGCAAUGAGAAUUAACUCUUGGACACACAAGAAAAUCACGAAAAUUCGAAACCGCAACCGGAAAAGAAAACUUUUAGUCAAAUCGAGGAGGGUCGCACUAGUAUUUACUAGUGGGAGUUAAUUGUCGUUGUUUUGACACAUUAAGAACUAAAGUAGGCCAGAUACCAGCGAACAUUAUCUCUUCGUAGUCCGAUCAUUUGGCGUUGGAUCGUUUUCCUCCUUUCCUAGUUUCAGGAGGAUGGGAGAAAUAUAGAAAAUAAAGUGCUUGGCUGCAAAAGACUGCAUUUAGCUCGGAGAAUAACAAACCUGUGACGGUACUUGCCUGGGUAGACUAUAAUUGUGUCGCCUGUAGCGAGUUCCCGUAAAAACGUUGAAAUAGCGAAGGAUUACAAGCUUAUGAAUUGCUCGCCCGUAGAAAGUUUUCGCAAAAACGUUAAAAUGGCGAAAAGUAGUGGUAGCCUCGUCCGUCCACAACGAAAGCGCGAAGGUCAGAAAAUUUCAACGAUUGAUUCAGGGCCUCUUCAUAUGAGCCCGGUUGACCGGGCUGGCCCGGUUUCCGAGAUCUCGCCUCACCUCUAAAUCCUUUGUAAAAUUUUCGAUGUGUUCAUAUGAGAGGGCGGGCUGGCUCGGUUCCCGAGAUCUCGGUUUUUCCAACCGAGAUCUCGGUAAGCGGGCUGGAAAUUUUGCCAUAUGAACACUUCAUCCCGGUUACCGGGAUGAACGGUGGGAUGAAUUCUGGCGGCCCGGAUGGCAUCGUCUUGCAUUGCUUGCUGUAUUUUCCACAUCAUAAGCAUCCCAUUUGACUGCAGUGAUACAGCUUUAAGAGUUAUCGAUGGUAAGAUAGGCCCGAAAUUUAAAAUUCUUGUGUUUCGCUAUGCUUGCUUUGUUUCCCAAAUUUGGCGCCAGAACUCGUUCUCAGGAUCUUUGACCUUUUCUCAUCUCGGAAACCGGGCUGAAAUUUCCCAUAUGAACCCAAGGCAAAAUUCAUCCCGGUAACCGAGCCAGCCCGGUCAACCGGGCUCAUAUGAAGAGGCCCUCAAAUUGAUCGUGUUUCAAAUUGGUCACGUUUCGCUGACAAGUGCUAACACUUACCGCCGUGAUUCCUAUUGUUUAGCUCAAGUUUUCCAAAAUCUGCCUGCCCCACCCAAGCAAUACUGCGUCUUUGAUGUUUUUUUGCGAUUUUCAAAGUUUUUUCCGAAUUGAAAACUUGGGGUCGCACUUGGCAAUGUGUCCCGAUGACAGAUUUUUACCGCAAGGUAAACAAAUUCUUCCAGAAAUUUGCCAAGUGCGACCCAUGCCUAUGAAAAUGAAUAAAAGCGAAUCUUCAGAAAUUUCAACCACAUUUAAUACCAAGAAUCUUUGUACGCUUUUUUUUCCGCCUCAAAAUCCUUGAAAACACUGCAGCUAAAAACAAAAUGAAAGCGUGGAAUGUUAUUAAUCAUAUUUACCAUUACAAUUACAUAUAUUGCUUGGACCUCGUGCUUUAGUCCGGACACUUUCAGGAGUCUCAAAAUUUGACUAUUCGGACAAUGUUCUGUCCAAGAAUUCAUCCCAGAUACAAACAUUCACCAACUGGCGCUGCAGAUGGAUAAACUUAAUGGUAGACUGUUGUUUAUUGAGCGGAAUCCAAAAAGAGCGCUUUUAUAAAAAGAUCAUAGGUAAGGCGUUAACUUCAGCGAUGACAGUUUUUGCUCAUGUAAACGAUUAUAUCUUGCUGGCCAUUUUUAAUUUUCAAAAUCUGCUCAAUACAUAACACACUAGAGGUUUUGACCGAUCAUUUACUAAUAAAAUUACAGAGUUCUGUCUUCUUUUUGAGCAAACCUGGACAGAAAAUCACGAUCUCCUAACUGAUUUAGUACAACUGUGGCUUUAAAGGAUCACUGUAAAGAACGAUCUACCAAAUAGAAAACCAUCCUCCUAAUCUUCCAUCAUUUCAAAAUGUAUUUGCAAAAUUUUAUCUAAAUUGUCUCUAGCCGAGACAUAAGCGUUUCAAAAGAUGCAACACAAGCAAAAUUUUGUCUUAUGAAUUUAUUCAUAGAGCGGUGACGUGUUCCCCGCAGCCUUUUAAAAGACUCCCUAUAUUUCUUUGCUCGCUUUGUUUCGAACAAUACUUUUGCUACUAAGAAAAAAGACUACGGUCCUCUGAAUAAAGGGCUAUUUUCUAAUUUUAAUUUUGCAGAACCACUGUUGGUAUUGAUCGAAUAUGUCCCUUAUGGCGAUCUCCUGGGUUACCUGAGAAAGAGCCGUGGAUUAAAUGACACUUAUUACAAUGACCCAGACAUCAAGCCACAAACAAAUCUGACGUCACAGCAACUGAUGAAAUUUGCUUGGCAAAUUGCCGACGGAAUGAGUUAUCUUUCAUCACGAUCGGUAAGGAUCUUAAACAACUUACAAGAUGAAGCGGAUUAAGCACUUGGGCACCAAAUACGUCCUUAAUUGUGUCAAUAACAAAAUGCUGGAAUCUGUCCGAUUUGACCUCUCCGACUUCCAGGGGCUUGUAAUCGGACAGGCCAAAUGGGACAGUAAACAACCAAUGAAAUUUAACCGAAUCUAGCUAAUGAAAUUUAAUUACAUAGUUCAUGAUAACCGAUCAGAAUCAAUGAAAAAUGAUGGCUUCUGUAUAGGCAGGCUUUCCAGCUUAUAAUUUCAAAUUGGCCUUGCGCGAAAUUACACGCCCAGUUACUACCUGAAUUGUACCCCACUCAGUCCUUUUACCAUUACUAACCCUUCGUUUUACUGCCAAGAGACUUAUAGAGAUGGUCUUAUUCAACUGAAUCUUCUUCCACUAACUUACUUGCAUGAAUUUUCUCCUUAGUUUAAACCACUGAAUGUUUCAUUCUACGGUCAUUGUAGUAUUACUUACUUUGUAGUCUUGGAGAGGUUAAUAAAAACAAAUAUAAGUAACUGGAAUAUGAUCUUCUGGGUGAGUCUAGUGCUGACUGACAUUUCGACCACCUGUGCGGUAGUCACCUUCAGAAUCAAAGUGAAUGGUAUCACGUCAAUUGAUAGUAUUGAAAUAAGGUUAAUGACCUGAUUGGUGAAUGAAGUUGUGAUAUUGUUUGUCUGUCAGUUAUUGGCUAAUAUAUAGAUUUAGCCAGGGCUAAAAGCGAAGCCUCCGUUUCUAUACUUAUUGUAAAAGCAAUCAAAUUGAAGUAAAAACAUGAACUCUAAUCCAGAAAAAAAAAAAUAGAACUCUUCACAUCCCUAAGAACCUUCGGCAUCAGACACCUUUAGAGGGAGGGACUAAAUGAUUAAGAAAAAAUAUCCCGCAAACAAACCUGAAUUGAAAAAAUUGCUGAAUUGUAGGUCUCUUAAGUAGCAGCAAUUUACAGGUUACCAUUUCUAGCGUUGGUGUUUCUGUGUUUAAGGGAAGACCUAAAAGAAAAAUCAGUUCGACUUAAAGACUUUUGUCUUCCCGUAAGCCCAUUAUAUUUUCUUUUCUUUUCUUUUCUUAUUUUAAACGGGCCCAGACGAACAGUUCUGUGUAGCCUUUACAUUUAUACCUCACAAUAACUGAAAAAAAAAAUUACCGUAAGGUGUAUAAUAUUUUCUCUGAGGACAGACACAGGAAAGCAAACGAUAACCUUUUUCGCUACUAAUAACAAUAAUCAGUCUUUCACUACAAAUAUAAACGUUAAUACAGCAACUUACAACUUUUUUUAUAAAAAAAAAAGGACAAACACGGGCUCGAAAAGCCGGCGAGUCAGUCUGUUUUAGAAUAGAGGAGAAUUCUUUCCUUUUUUGGAUAAGCUCACCUUCUUCAGUGAGAAUAUAAAGCCAUAAAGAAACAACUGAAAACAAACGCAGUAAACUUAAUUCAAGCGGUAUUCAGGUGUAUUCAGGGCAGAAGUUAUGGAAAAAGAGCAGCACACUGCACACUGCAAAACUGAAGAAAUUCUUGAAUUCUACACACUGCAAAGUUCUUGAAUGGCAAGUAACGAAUGAGAAAAUGAAUAGCAAUUCAAUGUGGAACAUGUACAAAAACAACCCUUCAGUUUUAAUUCAAGAAAAGGCCCGUCUGAAUGUUUCUAAAAAUCUCACGAUCUGUAGUCUCAUGGUCGUUUUUUGAACUAAUGUUAUGAAUGAACAAUGCGAGAUAAAUAACUUAAUUUUUUGAAAUUUUUUGUUAAAAAAACCAUAAGUUAAUCCUUAAAAGCAAAUCACGUAAGACAAAUUAAAUCGUUGUGUUCACGCAAGUUAAAUCGAGCACAUGGUAAAAAAAUCAAUUUCAAAUGCACAUUUUGUGGUUUUUCUUUCACGCCGAUGUCAAAAUGUAGAAAAAAUUCCUUUUUAAAGACGUACUUUUCUUUGAUCAUAGCGUACGGAAUGUACCUCAAGUGUCGUCAGAAACCUCGCUGCGUUGGUUGGUUCAAAACAAGCCAAGUGCUCCGAUCCGCCGUAUAGAAAACAAGGUUGAAUUCUUCGAAAGACAAUUUCAUAGCGAAAAGCUUUCGUUUGUCCACAAAAAGGAAACUGAGCAUUCUUUUGAACUUUCUCUUUCCAUUUAUAUCUUUUAUCGGCGUAUUUUCAAUCUUGAAAUGCAAAACUUUAGUCUUGAAAACCACAACAUCAAGAACGCGCGCCAGCCAUUUUGUUGAUGGAUGACAUUUACAAAGGUGUCAAAUCCGUUUCUUCCCUCACCCCCUAAAUGGUUGACAUGACCAUUCGACAUAUAACGGUGUAAGAUUUUUAUUUUCAGCAUUAUAUGCCAUGAGCGAUUUAUUUACAUGCUUUUUCCUCUCGAAAUCAGGCUGCAGGACAGUUUUCCUGAAAUCACCCAUAACCCCCUCAAAAGUCAAAUGGUCAGCCGCUAAAAUCCACCAAACACUUGGUCAGUUGACAGGUUCUGACUUGUCCAUCAUUUCUAAAGGCUUUUGAAACAAUUGCUGGUUUCCACAUGACGUCACUAAAAUUCAAACUACAAAACUAUCGAUCCUACCGAGAUUUUACUUUCAUGAUGUAUUAGAGGAGCAGAAAUAUAAGUUUCAUACAAAUUUUCGCUUCAAAAAGGUUCUUGGUUUUGUGAUAGAGUACGCUUGAAUUUCUAAGCUUUUGCGUGACGAGUCAUUUACAUGACGGCCAAGGGAGCUGUCAUGUAGGUUAAAAAAAUGACUUAUUUCAGGGAAACAGUUCAUGAUUAGAAAAAAUAUUACUUCAAUGUUUAUGAGUUCUUUGAAGAAUAAAUUCACGCUUUUGUAGCAAAACUCGGUAACAGAUGUUUCUGUCUCUAGGGAGAGGGGAGGGAUUUGUUUCUACUUACCCCUACCCGGAAAGUCCGUACGGACGGACGUACGGUGACGUCAUAACCAAAUUUUCUCGGAUGGAUGGUUUUCCAAAUUUUAUUACCCAUGGUGCUCCGAUGCGCGCGCUUCGCGCGCGCGGAGGCUCCGCUAUGAAGACUCUAAGUGUAAUUGGCGAGUUUUGAUGCCCCUUUUGUCACGGUUACAAUAGGAAUUUUAUUAAUUGUUAGUCCAGUUGCCGUUUGUCCGAUCAUUUCUCUCCUUGUUAGUUUUGCUUGAGUUCGUCAAUGAGUCAUUUGUCUUGUAAGAUGCCGUUCACUGUUGACUUCGAUUCAGGGUUGUUUGUUCUAAGGUAUGUACUACGAAACGAGACAAACUGUAGAAAAGGAAACUCUAAUGAUAUCUUUUCAAGAUCUGAUCGAUUUAAUCAACAAAAAACUUGCAACAAUUGCAGAUUGCUGCGUGGGCGAAACUCGAUGAGGCAAAAACCUGCAGAAUUGACAGAAGAAGUGAAGCGCCAAAAUGACUUCGUGUGGUUCUUUCAAGCACUAGACCCUCCGUAAAUUAGUACCGGAUCACAAAACGGUGUACCCGAAUUUUCACUUAAUAUCGAGCACGAGUUUGUGUACUGAACUGCGGUCGAAAAAAUGUCCAUGGUGUUUCCCUGAGAUAUGUCCGACACAGAAAGCUUCUGAUCGUGUGCAAACCUCUGCAGACCGUUACAGAUUGUAUGGAAACCAGGCUAUAUAAUUUACAUAGAGUAAUUUAUAUUUUUUCACACUUUGGCUACAUGUUUUGUAAUUAAAGAUCAUUCACCGAGAUCUCGCAGCUCGAAAUGUGCUGGUUGGAGAAGGAGAAACUUGCAAAGUGACUGACUUUGGAAUGGCCAUAGACUUAUAUGGCGAAGAUAUUUAUAGGAGGAAAACAAAGGUAAGUUGUGUGGGAACAUUUGACAAUUAACGUGCUUCGAUUUAGGCUCUGAAUUUCUACUACGUUGCCUGGCACAGUGAUUUAGUACAUUUUUUAAGAGCUGUGAUUAUAGUAUAAUUUUAAUCGUCUCUGAAAAAUGAUAGUUAAACAUCCCUGCUAGCAGAGGCCUGUUUUCCCCGCCGCAGGGAAUUGAAAAAAAGUGUUGUGUCUAAAAAUGGAAUCCGUGAACGAUAUAUGUGUAAGAUUUCCUUAGAAAACCCUUUACAAAAUGUCUUAAUGGUCAGCCCUGAGUAAACAGGGAAAAGUAAGUGAUGCUUCUUAUAGCAAUCGACAACGUUUCUUUGAAGUUUUCAAGUACCAUAGCCACAUUACGAAGAAUCAACCAAAUUGAAAACAGAAAUUUUGUGAUGCUUUAUCUUUUAACCAAUAUUUAACCCCCUUUUUUUAAAAUUUCUAGAGUCGUCCGCUGCCGUUAAAAUGGACAGCUUAUGAGGCUCUGCACAAUCGAAGAUAUACAAUUAAAAGCGAUGUGUACGUAAAAUUAAUAUUCUUUAUACCAAAGUAGAAUUCUUUUUUUGUAACCCGAAAAAUAAGCUGCCAAAAUUUGGUGAUCAUCUGGAGGCUAUAAGGCUCCUAAGAAAUCCGUGGUUUAAGGUUUUCUGUGUGUAUUCGAUACUUUGAUUUUUUAGCAUGUGUGUAUGCACGUAUAUGUACGGUCUAUUAACAAACGAACGGAGGUAAAAACUCGCUGGAUUGGUUUAUUAAUAAUUCUUAGUUCAUUUGCAACACUUAAUAAAUAGCUAUAUAGAAAGGUUAUAGAUUAUCAAAGAUUUCUCUUAAGAGAUAAUGAUGUUCUAUAGCAAAAAUGGCAAAGAUUUCACCAAAAAUAUAAAACUAUACGAGCUCUAGUUUUGAAAUAAAGAAAAUUGAAGUCAAGCAGAUAAAUUUUAGAAAGUUUUGUACUGAAGUACAGGUAAUAAAUUAUUAUAUGAAAGGACAAAAUUCCCUAACAAAAUAAUGACAAAACUUUACAUUACGCGAUUAUUGAUUGACUUCAAAUUUCCCGGGCAUUCAAGUGUUUUUAAUCAGUUACAUUAAGUAAGUGUUAUCCUAGAGCCUUAAUAGACCUACUCAGGCCACUUGAAGCAUGACUAUACCUAAUUAAAUAUUCAUAUUUUGUUCAACGAAAAAACACGUGAGACACGCUUUUAAAUAACACGUGACAUUGCUUUGUCAAUUACGUCACAAAAAACGUUUUCCUAUACGGGGAAGGGUUGCAAACCUUAAUCAAAAUGUUACAUAAACAGUGUAAAUCGUAAAAUGGUCUUGUAUGAUUGGAAAUGUUAUUUAUCCUUUUCCGAUUUCCCUUUGUAACUCAUUUUUAUGUCAGUUUCUUUGCGUAAAUCGCGCUCAAGAUUCGACUUUUUAGUUUUUGAAAUGCAAUAAUUCCGCUAAUACGAGACAUAUGCAAAUUUCCUCACAGCCCUUUUUAGGUCUUUUAUCUGUCAAUCAGAUGCAGUAAAAAGGAAGUGAAUAUUUAACGACGCGAAAGGGCUGGAGCUUCAGCAGUAAACUCGAAACCUCUGAGUUCGAGAGCAAAGAACUUAAGCGCCUUUUGAAAUUCGAUAAAAUAAAAUCUUUUAUAAGGUAAUUUAGUCUUUUAGCUUUAAUUUGAUAAAUAACUUGCCUUUGUAGCGAAAAUACUCGCGCGACUAGAAUUUUUUUCUGUGGGCACCUCGUUUUCCUUUACCGAGACCUUAAACUAUUUAUUUACGUUUCAGACCAGAAAAAUGCUAUGUUACAAUUCUACUAUUUUUUUGAUUUUUACCAUAAUUAGCGUUCUGAUUUAUAUCAUUUUUCUCGUUUUUAAUUAGAUGGAGUUAUGGAAUUGUUCUAUACGAGAUUUUUACAGUAGGUAUGAAUGCCAUAAAACUUGUAGGUGGCUUUUAACUUGUCGCAUAUCGGGACUGGAAAACGAAAAUAGACAAUCAAUAAUAUACUUUCUAACCGUGUUUUUAGGUGGUUUGCCCUAUCCAAGGAAGCGUGGCAAGGACCUUGCUCCUUUGCUUCGUCAGGGAUACAGGAUGCCUAAACCACAGCACGUGGAUGAGAAAUUGUACAUAAAAAAUUUAAGUAGAACGAUUUUAUUUUCUGCAUUUUCCUGUAUGUAAAUAGAAAAUUGCUUUCUAUUGAAAUCAUUAACCAUGCAUUUCUUUUUUAGUACGAUAUAGCACAACCCUUUAUAUGAUAGUGAAAUAUUGCGUGAGGGUAGUGAACUAAGCGACUAGAUCAGUCAAGCUCUGUCGCAGUAUUGUUCCCAUUAACCCUUUUUUAUCGUUUCCUUACUGCCACAAAAAUGUAAUGCUCUCAAAAAAUCUCCUGUAUACAAGGUUGUUAAGCUGAUGAACUAUUUUAUACAUCCUUGCCCACUUUUAAUGGUGAAUAAAUUUUUCCCUCCAGUAAUAGACCACACAAACAUUUGACCACGGCAACACAUAACAUCCUCUAUAUAAUUGUCCUAGCUAGGGCAACACUGAAAUUGCCCUAGGCCCGGUACUCGAAAGGCCUAUUACGUAGCGGGAUAAUAGCUUUCAAUCGACAAUUCCUAUUUAUUUUCCUAUAGACUGUUAGAGUAUCAUUUUGUGUCAUUUUGUGUUAUCAUAAGCUCCGGUCGCAUAUUCUUGGAAGAGGAAACUUUGCCUAAACUCUGGGUUAAUAUUUAACCAUCUUUAGAGGAACUUGCAUGAGCCCUGGAGAUCGGACGAACUUCCUGAAGACCUUUCUUUGUCACAGGGCUCUCAGGAAGCGUUGGUAUUUGGCACAAGGUCGAUGUCCGAAGCUUGUAAUAUCAUGAUCCACCCCUUCAUUAGGGUGUGAAUAUAGCAUAACCCAUCUAUUUUUGGUACACUUAACAGCUCGCCCAAUCUACCGCUACCUCAAGGUGCCCAAUUUGAUCAUGGUCUUUCGGAGAAUUAAGAUUGGAAGUUCUUAUAUUUUUCAGGUAUCAAAUUAUGAUGAACUGUUGGAAAAAAGAAUGGGAAGAUAGGCCGUCAUUUGAUGCUUUAAGAACGCAACUGAAGGACAUGGAAAAUCAGCAUACGGUAAACUAGGAUAUCUGUUACUCAUGAUGGAAUUUAUCGCGCUUCGACUGGAUCAUAUUCGCUUUUGUAACUGUCUGAUUGUUUUAGACCACUCAAUAGCGCAUAACCGACUUAGUUUUUGAAUUUUUCUAUCUUCAGAAACUGAUCAACAUGGAUAUUUACGAAGAUGAGUUGUAUGAAGUGGUCGACGAUUGGGAUUCAUAA